AUGGAUUGCGAAUUAUAUCAUGUGUGGUUGUUUUCUUGGGGAUUUAUGCAGAUUAUUACCCUUCAACUAACUCAUUGUGCACGGUUCACAGAUUUGACUUCUGCUCGUGUGCUACGCUUGAUCGACCGAAGGAUUGGCGAUAUGGCAGAAGCUGACAUCACGCGGUACUGGUGCCAUGAAUGUCAGCAGGCCGUCGAGGAGGCCAUGGUGGAGGAGCUCAAGUGUCCGUUGUGUGAUGGUGGGUUCGUCGAAGAGAUGACCCUUGAGCAGGUUGAGGCAUUGGUAAGUCAGCUAUCAGAGCAAGGGCCAACUCAGUGGGACCCUCUGGACAACCCUUUUGAGCAGGCAGGAUCGCCGGGGGACAGCGAUGAUGAAGAUAAUAGCGAUAUAGGCCGUGAGUUUGAGGGUUUCAUCAGAAGGCAUCGACGGGCAUCGGCGCUGCGCCGUGUGCUUGACAGCAUCCAUGAUGACCUUAGAGAUGACAGGGAAAGGGACAACUCCGUUCUGAUCAGUGCUUUCAACCAGGCCCUCGCUCUACAAGGUGCAGCGCUUGACCCUGACGAGGACCGAGGUGACAAUGGUAACUCAAAUAAUGAUGAUGGUUUGCUAGACGAGUAUGUCCUCGGGGCAGGGCUUAGUCUGCUUCUUCAACAUUUGGCUGAGAAUGACCCAAGCCGGUAUGGUACUCCUCCAACGAAGAAAGAAGCAGUCGAAGCCCUGCCCACGGUCAAAAUCGAAGAGGUUGUCAGCUGUUCAGUCUGUCUUGAUGAUCUUGAUAUAGGGUCCCAGGCUAAGCAGUUGCCUUGUGAACAUAAGUUCCACUCACCAUGUAUCCUGCCAUGGCUUGAACUCCAUAGUUCCUGCCCAGUUUGCCGGUUUGAGCUGCCAUCUGAUGAGACAAAAGACUUGAGCGAGCCUAGCAACGUUGAUCGAAUAGAGAACAGCCAUGAGGAGGCAAGAGCUGAUGGCCCUGGAAACAAUGGUGAGGACAGUAACACAAACGACAGGGAGGACAGUAACAGACCUUGGGCCCUUGUUCCUUGGUUUAAUGGCCUAUUCUCGACACCUGAGCCGCAAACUGUCAGAGCUACUUUGACUGAUCAGCAGCUGCCUCCUGCUUCUGGAACCAACCCAAAUGCAGGUCAUAGUUGA